AUGAAUAUCGCAGGAAUAGUACCGCUUUCCAAUACAGCUGCAUAUUUACGCACACUCCCAGCCAUCCGUGAACGUUGCGGUCGUGUUCACCAACUCGCGAAAGAAGGGAAGCUCGAGUAUUUCGAGUACCACCCCGAGAAGGAGAUCGACGUCGCCAAUUUCUGCAUUGAAAUCAUGAAGCGCGACUAUGGGUCCGAUUUCGUCAACAUCAGCCCCCAUGGACGGUGGAGGCAUCUUGACGCUGGAAUCGAGCGUGUUCGGCCCAUGAUCGCGAAGUGGGCAACCCAUCCGACCAACGCCCCGGAUCUCAAGGAACAAGCCCGCCGACUCAUCGACUUGUUCCUAGUGUCCGUACUGCUCGAUGCCGGAGCCGGGAACGCGUGGAAAUACGUGGAGGAGGCAUCUGGUCUGACGUUCUCGAGAUCAGAGGGGCUGGGAGUCGCCAGCGUGCAUAUGUUCGAGUCAGGGUUGUUUUCCAGCGAUCCCGGACAACCAUGUCGGGUUGAUGCCGCCGGAUUGGAGACGAUUACGGCGGAGAAGACCGCACGGGCGAUGCAAGUGAGCGAGUCGAACCCCAUGGUCGGAAUCGAGGGUCGUUCAUCCCUGCUCUUCAACCUCAGCAAAGCCCUACGCGCUAGCCCCGAAUUCUUUGGAAAGGUUGGACGACCAGGGAACCUCAUCGACUUCCUUGAGACAGAGUCCAAGCUGGAAGGCACCGAACUCCAAGUACCCAUCUCUGCUCUAUGGCAGGCGCUCAUCGAUGGACUUAACCCAAUCUGGCCCUCGCGUCUGUCACUCGGUGGUGUUUCCCUGGGCGAUGUCUGGCCUUGCCCCGCGCUCGGCGCGUCGGUCCCCGACGCUAAGGAAGGCGACGAUCUGGUGCCGUUCCACAAGCUGACUGGAUGGAUGACGUACAGUCUUGUUGAGGUGCUCGAGAAGAUACUGGGGUGGAAGGUGAAGGGUAUUGAGCACAUGACGGGAUUGCCCGAAUAUCGCAACGGUGGUCUUCUCGUCGAUCUUGGUGUCCUGACCCUCAAACCAGAGGCCCUACCCAAGGACCCAAAGUCCGGCUUGCCUCACGCAGUGCCAUCUCAUCCAGCGAUCGUUGAAUGGCGCGCGAUGACGGUUAUGGAGUUAGAUCGUAUCGCUGACCUCAUCCGCACACAACUUGGUCUCUCUGCGUCCCAGCUCACUCUCGCUCAGGUGCUGGAAGGCGCGACGUGGAAAGGUGGCCGCGAGAUCGCGAAGCUGAAGCGCCCGGAGACGAGUGGGCCGCCUAUUGAGAUCGAGAGCGACGGAACGGUUUUCUAA